GUAAGUACCUACACGUAAAUCGUUUUAACCGAACAGUAGUAAUGCAUUACAUCAUGAUGCAUGGGUUUAGAGUGAGUGUCGGACAGACGGUGAACGGCGUCGCACACGCAUCGAUAAGCCGAAUGUAAAAUGGCGGGCGUCCACGUCUCGACGCCCGUCGGCGUCGUGUGCUAGUGGCGCACGUUAUUGAACAGCUGUUCGCUCGAAAAUGGUGUACAUUCCUGUGACGUUCUUGUUGCAAUGCAUUUGUGUGUGAUGUGUACAAGUUAUGUAGUUAUUUAUAAAAAUGAGGAGGCAAACCCAAAGCCAAACGCAGUUGCAUAUUGACCAGAGCGAUGAGGAGUGCACCACCUCAUCCCCGUCUCAAAUUUUGGAACGAGUCCAGUCCGACAGGGUGACAGUAACAAAGCCGGAAGAAGACCGCAGGCGGCGCACGAUAAUAGUAGAAAAGAAAAACAGUUCGUAUGGCUUCACGUUGCAAAGCUAUGGAAUCCAUUACAAAAAGGAGCAGGAAAUAGAAAUGAUCACGUACGUGGACUACGUUGAUUACGAUGGGCCUGCAUACAGAUCUGGAAUGCGGGAAGGAGACGUCAUUCUUUCGAUUAAUGGAACCGACAUGGAGAAAGCUGAUCACAAAACUCUAGUUAAUUUUAUAAAAAAUUGCGAUACCAGGAUGAGGAUGGUGGUGCUGUUCGAAGACUGUGUCAGAAAGGUGGAACUUCACAUGAGAUACAUUCAAUUGCAAAGAAUUCUUCAAAGCAAAAUGGCAGAGCUUGAGAAGCUUUGCAUACGAGAACGUCAACUGUUGGAAGGGAAAUGGAAAACGCACAGUUUACCAGCGCGUAAAAAAGCUUCCCAAGCAACCAACGGAGAUCCUCCAACCCCAACGCAAGUUUCCUAUUCAUAUUGCCGCCCAACGGUCUCCACUGAAGACGUAGCAAAAGUGCAGCACAAACAACAAAAUCCACCUUUAGUUUUUGCCUACAAAUACUUAGAUUCAAGCUAUCGAUAUUUGUUACACCAAUCGAAUAGUAGCAGUGGUGAAUAUUUGCUUACUUAUGAACAGCCCCAAUACAAAACCGAACCACACAACUUUGUCAUCAAAACUCCAAACGAGUCCAUUCAAAGUCGCGGUAAUCAAAUGAACGCUAGAGAAAAACAGAUGAAACCGCACGGGCCCUGCCACGCAUACGGCGGACAUUUAUGCAACCCAUGCAUUCAAACAAACACCAACAACGGUGACAACACUAGUCUGGACGCUUAUGAUUUAGCAAGUGCUUGCUGUGAUCCACGCUGUGUCCCCUCUAGAAGACGGAGUUCCCGUCAGAAGGAAAACAGGAAAAGAGAUUCCAAGACUGAGGAAACGCAAACUGAUCCACAACCAGUUAGAUCUCGUCCACAUUCCCAACAUUCACAUACACAAAUGCAGAACGUUCAAACUUACUCGGAACCCAGGCGUUACUUUCAAAUCGGAGCGGGCCUUGUUAGUCAAUGUAGCUUACACUCGUGCACAUCUAGUGAACUUAGUGCCGCAGUUCCAACCACUAUUGGCGAAAGUUCAGCAACUAGCUAUACUACUUCAUUGAGCACUGAUACCCUCUAUUGGGACGGCUCUUGUGAUACUAGUAACUCUAGGCAAUUAAGUCUUAAGUCAAACAAGCAUAAUCAUCAACAAAGAUAUUCACAACAACCCCAAGAACACGAACCAAUUUACGUGCAAUAUAGUCAAAUAAAGCCCAAAUCCUGGGAUAAUCUUGCAACUAAAUCAAUUGGGGGCUAUGGAUUUGGGUAUGGAUACCUGGAUACAUCAUCAAAAUGCUCAGCUAAAUCAAAUAGCCGAAGUCAUUCGAAAAAUCAAAAUAAUACUCAAUACGUUCGCAUUGAAAAGCAUCAAAUUAACAGUGUAUCCGCCAAUCAACCACAAUACACUCCACAUGCACACAGAAAAUACUUCCAACCAACUAAGUCAACAGAAAGUCUAUUAUCUGUGCCUAAGUAUUCCAAUGAAGCUUUAUCCGAUUCUAGUCUAUCCUGUGAAUGCCUGGAGGCAGCCUCUCCGGGUGGAGGGACGGCCGAAGGACGAUUCUUCCAAAGUCCUAGGCAAAGCUUGGUCAGUCCAACCGAUCCUAACUUCGGAUACUACAGUGCCAGGCAAUCUUCAAGAAGAGAAUAUCCAAAAAAUGUAACUACAAGCUCAGAAGCAACUCGGCUGUAAAUAAUAGAUAUUUUAACUAAUAUUUUUUGCAAGUAAAGUGUGCUAAACAAUGUAGUAAUUUUAAAAAUGUAUUUCAAGUGUAUAUUAUUUCAUUCUACAUAGACAUUUGCAUAGAAAUAUAUUGUACAUUUUCAUUAUGGUAUUCAAUAAUUUUUUGCAAAGUAUGAAAAUUAUUAGUUAAAACCAAAUUUAUGAAACUAUUUUCAUAAUUCAUAUUUGGCAUUUUUUUGUAGAUAUAUUUAAUAUAAAAUACAUCGAAUUUUGUAUUAUUAGGUGUUAAAACACAAAUGUAUGGAAUCCAUACUAUGUAUUAAUAUUUUAAGCUCGAUAUUAAGUAUUAUAAGUACUUAAAUUUGUUAAAACUAAACGGUAGUACAUUUUUGUAAGCUAUGGAUACAUUGUAGGUAAUAUUAUUUUAUGCAUACUUUGACAAUAAUGUUUAUUUUACCCAAUUUGAAAAAUAUUUAUAAUAAAUUUUUGUUUAAGUAAUAUUUGUUCCUCUUACCCUGCAUAUAUGUAUAUA